GGUGAGUCAAAGGUUGCUGCCCCUGCGAUGCGUUGUGUGUCGAGCGAAGAUCCUGCGGCUGCGACAGGCCCGAGACGCGCCCUUCCCCACCUCCAUCUCCCAGUACUCCAUGGCCGCCGUCGCCGCCUCCGGCAGGUGUAUGCCGACCUCCUCCUCCCUCUACUCCUUCGGUUCCGGGUCCUCAGGGAUCUCAGGACUGUCGAACGUGAGCAGCGGGAGUUCGAGCAGCGGCGGGUCGUACCGGAGCGUGGGCCGGGGUAAGGUGGGUUCGAGACCCGUGGCCGUCUACGCCUCCAGAAGACUCCCCCAGGGCAAGAAGGCCAGGUACACGGUGUCAAGCAAGAGUGGAGCACGAAGCAAGGAGCCGCUCAAGGGGGGACUACCACAAAUUAGAAUCGACGAGUACCAGGAGCCAGCAUGUCGGCCCCCUCCUAUCUCCCGUCCGCCCAGGGUUCACAUAAGAGAGAAUAAGGUGGCUCCUCAGGAGACGCUGGGGCGGCUGCCGACCAUCAAAGAGUACACAGAGUUCAUCACCGAGAAAGAGUUAGAGAAGGAAAAGUCUUCCUCUACCAGAAUAAGGUGUGCGCAAAAACUGGUGAGCCAGAUCGAGCACCACCAUGGUGUGCCUCCAGGGAGCUGCAGCCCCCGGGCCUCCUCUUCGUCGCCUUCCCCGUCUCCGGCCAGGUCUCCUACAGCUGUAGCGGCAGCUGCGACGGUCACAGCUGUGGCGACUGCUGCUGCAGGAGCUGCCGGGGCCUCAGUUACUAGCCUGCAGGCCCGGGCUCUGUCCAGGUCCCCAUCGGCGUCUCCUUCUGGAGUGUCCAGUAGCAAAAGUACCCCGGAGAGGAAAACUCUGGUUGGCAUGGGCCGGAGGGAGUCUGCCACCUCCGCAGCUUCACUCAAAAGUAACCUCUCUGUCGCCAGCAGCGCCUCCGUCAGAAGCAGUUCGUCCGCGCACAGCAUCACCUCUUACAAGAGUGCCUCCUCCGUUAAGAGUGCCUCCUCCGUCAAGAGUGCCUCCUCUGUCAAGAGCGGAAUGUCCACCAAAAGUUCAGUGUCAAGCAGAAGCAAUGCUUCCAACAAGAGCACCACGUCCAACAAGAGUACUGGCACUGUCAAAUCGGUCAAAUCCGCCAAGUCGGUCAAGUCAACCAAUUCUAAAAAGAAAGAACCCGAAAGUAAAGGAGUGAGAAGAAAAGAAAUAUGCGACAAAAAACCGGAAACCAACGAGAAGCGAGUGAGGCAGACGAAAGGAGAGAGCAAGAUCAAGGCUCUCAAGAAGAGGUUUGAGGGCAAAGAGUAUCAGAGAUUACAGUAGAGG